AUGUGGAGCAACAAGGGCUCAAGCCCCUACGGCUACGGUAGUGCUUGUUUUAAGAACAAUUUGAAUAGACUUGAAGCAUUUCAUCAUAUGCAUGUGAGUAAAAAAGGGGAAUUUGUUGAUCAUUUGGUUGAAUACCAAUAUGAUGUUGAUGUGAAUGCUUCUCUUCAAAACCCGGAGUUUGUGACUGUCAUUGGAGACAUUAUCCGUUCGUUUAAAAACCAAGAUAAUAACGAGGAAAAAAGGAUGAAAAUGAUGCAGACACAUAGUAUUUCUUGUUUUAUGUUAUGGAUGAUCGGAAUGUCAAUAAAGACGAGUGAUGGUGGUCGGAGAAAAGACAAGGUGAGGGGGUAUAAAGGAAGAGAUAGAGAGAAAGGAGACGGAGGGGUCGGUAAUAGAAAAGAGGAUGAUGAAUGGAGGUAG